UAAGUUUAUAGCUGGGAGGCACAGCUCGAUACAUCACUGUCUAACUGACUCCUCCCACAAGGAAACUCCUCCCCCACAUUCCACAAGAAAACGACAUAAAAAGGCUCUGCCGGGGACCGCACCGCACUUCCCGAACAAGCUGUCUUCCCGAGUUCAUCCGAGACCAGCAAAGAUCCGCGCAACCAUGUCUCUCCCUACGACUCACGACCUUCACAUCUUCGGCUCCGUCAAUGGCGCGGAGUUCGACCUGGUGGGAGGCGGCAGGGGCAACCCGAACGAUGGAACGCUGGAGACCAGUGUGAAAUCCACCCGGGGCGCCCUGCCCUGCUCCCCGCUGCUGAUCGGACCCAACCUGGGGUACGGCUUCUACCAGUACCUGCCCUUCCCUGGCGGCGCCUCACCCUUCCAAACCGCCAUCACGGACGGAGGGUACCAGGUUCACCGUGUGUUCAAGUUUGAAGACGGCGGAGUGCUGAAUUGCAACUUCCGCUACACCUACGAGGGCGGCAAGAUCAAAGGGGAGUUCCAGCUGAUCGGGUCAGGUUUCCCUGCCGGCGGGCCUGUGAUGUCCGGCGGACUGACCACCCUGGACAGGAGCGUGGCCAAACUGCAGUGCUCGGACGACCGCACCAUCACCGGCACUAACAACUGGAGCUUCUGCACCACCGAUGGGAAGCGCCACCAGGCGGAUGUGCAGACGAACUACACCUUCGCCAAGCCGCUCCCGGCCGGUCUGAAGGAGAAGAUGCCGAUCUUCCUGGGGCACCAGAUCGAGGUCAAGGCGUCCAAGACCGAGAUCACCCUGAGCGAGAAAGUGAAGGCCUUCAUCGACACUGUGUGAAGUUGAAGUUCGCCGACUGUGUUAAGCCCAGAAUCCAGUCCUGUUAACAUGUAUCACUAUAAACCUUAACCAAGGGCUAAGCGUUCUGAUGGCGGCUACGGCAACAAUAGCGUAGUCAUUACUUCUUAUCAGUAGGCGUUUUUCCUAGCAUUUAAGGUAAGGCAGACUUGAAAUCUCGUAUUAUUACUCAUAAUGUCUCGAAAUGCACUUUUAUCUCAUUGCAAAUCUUGAUCUUUCAUCCACUUUGGAUCGAUCAAAACUUAAAUAAUACCGUUCCAGAUACAAGCAUUGUCAUCUUGAUAACGUUGAACUUAGCAAUGUUAACAAAACAAGUACUAGUAUACAUUUACUCGUCUUUUCUGUUUUAAAGAAGAGCAAUGUAUUGUUCUUAUAUACCAACUUGAAACGGGUAUUUGUGGAAUCUUUGAGUUUAAAAUAAAGGUUUUGGGCUGCUA